UCUUACGUAUAAGCUGGCUGCUAGCGCCAUCCCUCACUUCAUCAAACGGCAUUAGCUAUUACAACACUUCUUUUUUCUUUUCACAUCCCGAACAACCAGAACCCGACACCCCGUGGAAUUUAUCGACUUUCGCGUAUAAUACAAUCCCGGUUUUAAUUAGGUAUCUGUUAGUUGCCUUAGUUAGAAUGCCGCAAGAUCCGAACCUAUACGGGCAACGUCCCGCCAAACGGCAAAAGAAGGAGAUCCCGCUUUCCAGCUCCCUCGACUUCGCCUCACAACUGACCUCCCUCCUCUCCACCUCCACCUCCACCUCCGACCCGUCAUCAUCAGUAGCAGCCUCCUCCUCCACAGCGGCGUUCGGUCGCCCCCGCCCUAACAAAAACAAAGACGACAUAUUCUCCGUAAAAGCGAAGCGGAAAGCGGCGGCCCCCACGGAUAAAGAUGGCAGUAACAGCGGAGCAGCAGGAGGAGCAAAGCUCCAACUUAAAGACGUCCGCGGCACCGAAGACGAGAAACACGACCUCGCGCGCGCGCGGCGGAAGAUGGAGGAGAAGGCCCGGCUGUACGCGGCCAUGAAGCGCGGGGACUACAUCGCGAAGGAGGGCGAAGCAGCCCCCUUGGUGGACUUCGAUCGGAAGUGGGCGGAGCGGCAUCCCGAGGGCGAAAACAACAACACCAACAACGCGUACUCGAGUUCCGGUACGGAUAACGAUGACGACGACGACGAAGUGGACCAGGAGAUGGUCGAGUACAAGGACGAAUUCGGCCGGACCCGCCGCGCCACGCGCGCCGAAGUCGCGCGCCUGGACCGCCGGCGCCAGCGCAUGGCGCUCGGGGCCGCGGAGCUCGAGAGCAUGGCGGCGAAGCCCGUCAAGGCGCCGGAGCGGCUGAUAUUCGGGGACGUGAUCCAGUCGGGGGCGUUCAACCCGGAGGACGACACCUUGAGCAAAAUGGCGGAUCUGGCCGCGAAGCGGGACAAGUCGCCGACGCCGCCGCCGGACACGCACUUCGACGGGCGGGCGGAGAUACGGACGAAGGGGGUCGGGUUUUACCAGUUCAGCCAGGAGGCGGAGGUGCGGAGGGGGCAGAUGGAGGAGCUGGAGCGGGAGCGGGAGAGGACGGAGCGGGCGAGGAGGGAGAGGGAGGAACAGAAGGACCGGAGGAGGAGGGAGAUUGAGGAGCGGAGGAAGAAGAUUGGAGAGAGGCGCGCGGAGAAGUUGGCGGAGAGCUUUUUGGAUGGGUUAGCGGGGGAGAUGAGCGCUUCGAGUACGGGUGUUGAAGGGGAGGGGAAGGGACAGGAGAAAGGGAAAGGGAAAGAGUCUGAGGGAAAGGAGCAGGGUGAUGCUGAUUCUUGAUGUUGCACUACUACUAUUAUAUCCCAUAUUCGAUGACCGCAACAUGGCCCUGUUGUCGUUAGGGACCGGCAUAGCCGCCAGUGUUCGAGUAGGCAAAGCUACGGGACUACAAAAGUCCCAGCAGAGCGCUUAGUCGACAGUGAUGCCGACACGACCAAUAACCCAACCCCCCUUUUGGGGACAUAUACUAAUAAAACAAGAACUACGUUCUCAGGCGUCUAGUAGCCGAGAAGAGGGGGACUAUUGCUACGGGAAUGGCUUUUGAAAACUCAAAGAAAACAGACGAGUUUAGAUUAGUUAGUUACAACAGAACAUGAAAUCAUGAAACCUACCUAGGUAACCUAUUAGUUAGAACUAUGAAGCUAGAUAAAUACAAGAUACCCCUUUUUGUCAUGUCCAAAA